CCCCCCCCAACCAAGUAAUAUCUGUUCAGUAGUGUUCCCUUUUCAGUGAUGAUAAGGGUAGAGGGAUGCCAAUAUUUUGUACAGAGCGGAGUGUUUAGUAGAUAUAAGGAUUAAAAAAAAGUCCUAUACACGGUGUUUAACUACUGAUAUAUAUAUUUAAAAAAAAAAAAAAAAAAAAAAGCAGUAAACUCGCACUUCUGCCACAUGGGGGCGACACAGUAUCAGUGUUCUGUAGAAAGACAAGAACACAAGAAAAGUAGAAUAAAAUGACGUUUGUGUCACACCGGGUCUGAUUCUUAUAGAAGAAGGAAUACAGCCGUGGUUGUGUAAUAACUGUAGAACGAGGAGGACGCUGACAUGAAUAAGAUUGAAAUAUUUUCCCCAUGAAAACUAUAAAUGAGACGUAAAUUAGAAUAAGGAUUUCGUUUGACUUUGUGAGUGUGUAACAUUGUUAGUAAUGAAGAAUAUAUAAUAUACAGUAUAUUCACAUUUGUACCAUUGUAAUAGUUCUGUUUGCUGUUGAUGCAAAAUGAUCUGUUUACUUGUUUGUACAUUAUUGUCUGUCACCAUCUGUUACUGCCAGGCUCGCGCUCCUGGUGCUUUUCUCAGCGCGCGGUAUCUGGGAUUUAAACCGCUUUAUCUGAACAGGACUUCAACCUUAUCACCCUCUUCAUUAUUUAUAGAAACACGUUUUCAAGUGUGUGUGUGUGUGUGUGUCAGAGAGACGGACGGACAGAUAGAUAGAUAGACACAAAGAGAGAGAUGUUUAUUAGUGAAUGGAAAUGUUCGAUAUGAUUAGAGGCCACAUUUAUUUAUAAAGAGCACAAAGAGACAGACAGAUAAAGACCAAGCACAAGCUAUCACCUAGUUACCCUUAGGUGCCCCUAGUUACCCCUCAGCGACCUCCUUAACUUUUUACAGUUGUUAGGAUUCACUACAUUUGUGCAAGAAUCACGCAUGGAGCAUUUUUAAUACCUGUUCUGUGGCUUCUGGGCAGGAAGGCAGGUGUGCAGGUAGACUAGUGGACAGGAAGACAGAUGGGCAGGUGGACAUUUAGAGAGAUAAACAAGUUGACGUUAUAGAGACGUAAGUGGACAGGUAGACAGUUAUAGAGACGUAAGUGGACAGGUAGACAGUUAUAGAGACGUAAGUGGACAGGUAGACAGUUUAGAGACAUAAGUGGACAGGAAGGUGCGUCACGGGUGGUUUUUACGUUUAUAAGUAGGAAGCUUUGAAUUCUCGGGUGAAGGAACGGAGCGCGUGAGGUCGCCUCGAGCCGCGUCACAGCGUCCAUGUUUUUCUUUUUGUAAUUAACACUUUUAUUGAUUCACAAGUUAACACCAAGAGACGAACAACAUAUAUAAUGAAUCAAACUAUUUUAACAUAAAUCCCCACUAUAACCCCUCCCCCUACCAACCUCCCACCCCACCCUGGUCCGCCCACGAACACCCCCGUGGUCAAUAGAAUAUAAACUCACAUAUCCCCCCCCCAAAAAAAAAAAAAAAUAAAAAAUACACACAAUUAAAAAAAAAUAAAGGAAAACACAAUAAUCACGUAUAAUCAUAGACUAAACUCUAAAUUAUACUCUCCACCGCCCCUCCUCGAGAGUCCCCCAAAACGCCAAAUAACUGCUCCAUUUCUUCCUGAAGGAAUUCCCAACUCCCAUCCCUCUGCCCGACCCCUCCUCAAGGCAGCCACCCUCCCCAUCUCCACGCACCACUCUGGAAACGAGGGCGCUCCAUCUGACUUCCCUCCCCUUACAAUAACCUGCCUACCAAUCAUCACACUGGUCCAAACCCAAUCUUUUUUGUACCUAUCCUCCAAUUUUGUGACCUCCCCAUCUCCCAAAAUACAGAGUCGAGGGCAGAACGAGAUCUGAGUGCACCGCGUCCAUGUUAAAGGUGAACCGAGCGCGCGGGUCCGGGAGCAGGGUUCACAGCGCGCGAGCAGGACAGUGUGACGACAGGAAGAAGGGAUGAGUGCUGCUAUAAAAAGGAGAGCAGAAAGAACAGAGAGGAGAGGAAGAGAAGUAAACAGCGCAGAUGUGAGUGUAGUGUACAGGCUGCUGAUUCUUUAGACUAAUCUGACUCGUGCAGGAUUUAUCAUUAUCACAGGGAGCUAAAUCUUUUUCUACUAUCGUGGAGUUUUAUCAAGCGCGAGGAGCAGGAAGAAUCCCUUCAUGCCACGGAGAGAAAAGGGAAUAAAAUGAGGCGCUUCUAUGAUGUCACUCUCGGGAAUGAAGAUACCGAGCUGAAUUAUUCUCUGCUGCUUAGAUUGAACUUCAUCCUGUUCCUUCCGGCUUUAUACAUUUCAAACAAUUUAAGGUGCACAAUUAGGAUCUUAAGGAGCACCUGCACGUGCUCAGGGCAUGGAGGGCAUCAGAGUUCACCUACACGAGUGCGAUCUGUGGAGGAAGUUUCAUGAUGUCACCACGGAAAUGAUCAUCACCAAAGCGGGCCGGCGAAUGUUCCCGAGUUACAAAGUGAAGGUCACAGGUCUGAACCCCAGAGCUAAAUACAUCCUGCUGAUGGACGUCGUGUCUGCUGAUGAGCACCGCUACAAAUAUGCAGAUAACAGAUGGUCAGUGAGUGGGAAAGCAGAUCCGGCUAUUCCGGGUCGACUGUACGUUCAUCCCGACUCUCCAGCACCUGGAGCUCACUGGACCAAACAACUCGUCUCCUUCCAGAAACUCAAACUGACCAACAACCACCUCGACACCUUCGGCCACAUCAUAUUAAACUCCAUGCAUAAAUACCAGCCUCGGCUGCACAUAGUGAAGGCUGACGAGAAGAACGGUUUUGACUCCAGCAGCACGGCGUUCUGCACACACUCAUUCCCCGAGACCACCUUCAUAGCCGUCACGUCCUACCAGAACCACGCGAUCACUCAGUUAAAGAUUGAGAACAAUCCGUUUGCUAAGGGAUUCCGAGGUAACGACGACAUCGAUAUGCACCGAAUACUUUGCGCACAGAGUAAGGAUUUCCCGCUGGUACCAAGAACGACAUUUCGCCCGAGAGUCGAUUCAGCCACGCCCUACACACGUAACCCCGCCCUCGCGUCCGACUACACCUGCUCGGAGCCUCCAGGAAAACACACUCCUGCAUCAGAAGACGACUCUUUUGCCAAAACUGACUCCUCCUCUCACCUCCUGUCCUCCUCCUGUCAGAUGGAGUUUGGGUCGAGUAACGGCGCCCCCUACAGCGCGGCUUCAGUGCAGCGUCAGCCGUGUAUGUACACCAACGUACAGUGGGAAUCUUACACCGAGUGCCCACCUUAUUCAACGUUUACUUCCUCUCGGGAAGUGGGCGGAGCUUCAUACUCCAUCCCUGAGCUUUCCCAGGACAUCUACCCACGUUACACCUGUGAACUGGGCGUGCAGUCGCAUUGCCCGAUGGCUGAUUACGCUCUGUACAUGGAGCAGGAGCAGAGUCACGGCAUGAGAAGCGGAGUGGGGUGGUAGCUCAGACCUCCAUCCUCCAGUGUAUCGGUCUCAGACAUUUACAUGCAACUGAGGGGUACAAAAGCCACGCCUCCUUUCCCACUUUCCCAUGACUGGCAGGUAUAGAGGCCACACCUACUUCUCUGGAACUAACAGACACAGAAUCCACGCCACCUUCCCUGUAAAUGACAUGCCUGAGCCUGUACUCUUUGCUAAGGCUAGGCCACACCUCCUUUGCUAAGACUGACAGGCCCAUAGGCCACACCUCCUUCCGUGGAACUGACAUGUCCAGAGGCCACAUGUCCUUCCUUGUAAAUGCCCAUAAGACAUGCAUCCUUCACUAAGACUGAGAGGCUCAGAGGCCACGCCUACUUCAAUGAGAUUGACAGUUACAGAGGCCUCACCCACUUCAAGGAGACUGACGGCUACAGAGGCCACGCCUACUUCACUGAGACUGACAGCUACAGAGGCCAUGGCUACUUUACUAAGACUGAGAGGCCCGGAGGCCACGCCUACUUGACUAAGUCUGACAGCAACAGAGGCCAUGCCUCCUUCAAUGGGUGACAGCUACAGAGGCCACGCCUUCUUCAUUGAUCCUGUGGAACCCAGAGGCCACGCCUCCUUCAGUAAGGAGGUCGGACACAGAGGCCUAAAUGAAUCUUUGAAUCAGAGAAAUGAUUCCAGCAGUGAAUCUGAAUCAUAGACGAAAGCAACAGCAAUCAAUCUCUGAAUCACAUCUAAAUGAUUCCACCUUCUGACACAGCAAUAAAUCACCGAAUCAUAGACAAACGAUUCAGAAAUCUGUCCCAUAAUUACUGAUAACAAGCUCAGCUAUUAAUUACUGAAUCACUGGUAAAUGAAUCUUUAAUGAAUCUUUAGAUAACGGAAAUUAUUCAGUAAUGAAUCUAUAAAUCAUAGACAAAUGGAUCCACAUUCUGAAAUAAAUCUCUUAAUGAGAGAUUGAAUCAAGGAGGGCAUGUGUGUGUGUGUGUGUGUGUGUGUGUGUGAAAUAGCUCAGACAAUAAUACAAUAAGGGGAUAAACAAGAUCAUUCUGAAUCACUCACACUAUUUAUUGUGUAGUUUUGAUUUGAACUAUUUACGGUCAAAUUUUAUUCACCAACUAUUGUACACUGUUUUAAACGGUUUUAUUUACUACAUACAGUCCCUUCCGUAACUAUUGGAACAGCGAGGUCAGGUCGUUAGUGUGUGCUGAACGCCGAAGACGUCUGGGUUUGAGACGAAAAGACGGAGAUGAGACGAGACUUUAGGAUUUCGGUUUUUAUUUCCUGGUGUUUACAUCUAGACGUUUUAAACAACAUAAAACACAGACCCUUCUGUAUCAGAACACGCAGUUUUCAGUUGAGCAAAAGUAUUGGAACAGAUAAGUCUGGAAGUAAAUAACAUAUAACAUGGUAGAUAUAAAUACCAGGAAAUAAAAAGCUGAAAUUCUAAACUCUCUUCUCAUUUUCAUCUUUUGAUCUGAAACCCAAGUGUCUUAAAGUCUGCAGCAAAAAACAAAUGACUUGUCCUCGCCGUUCCAAUAGUUUCAGACGGGACUAUACUUUAUUUAUUUAUUCCCUAGUGAACUGUUCUAAACGAAUCUGUAUACAGUAGACGUGUCUUGACGUGCUCGGGAGGCUGAAUAAAGACGAGAAAUUACAUUUGA